UUUCACUUCAAGGAAGCACUAAGAAGUGAUUUUUCCAUAAUGGCCGAUGAAUACGUCUAGUAAAAUAAACAAUUGGGAGAAAAUUUUCGUUUUUGAUAGAGAAAAAAGUGAUGCAAAUAUUUGUAUGUGCGUUAGCUUCUAACUUGUAAUAACACACCUUAUUGCACUUUACUUGAAAGUAUGUAGGGUAAAAAAUGAGCUUGCCAUAGUUCAUACCCGAAAAGUGGUCAAACAAGAAGCUUGUGAUACAAAAUAGGUGAUGCACAUACAAAGCCAGUUGUGAACGAAUAAGAAAUUUAGCAUCGGUCAUUUAAAAUUUAAUUCCCCAAAUGAUACAAUAUAAGAACAGUGCUCUUGGCGGUACCACCGUGAAUGCCAACGCUAAUACUAACACAGGUCAGUCUGCUACAGCCGCCCCCACACAAACGUUACAACAACAAGCGUCUACUGCCCCCAGCGCACAGGUAAAGGCAACUUUUGUAAAUGCUACACCCACAGCGCAGGGAAUUGCAACGAGUAAUAGCAAUAAUGUUCCAUUGCAACAAAUUAUCAACUUACAACACCUGCCUCAGCAAUUUGUUCAGGCUACGGCAUCAGCACCACAGCAGGCACAAGCCAUACCCACUCAAAAUAUGUUUCAAAUUGUGCAGCCAAUGCAGACGGUGACCAUUGAUGGACAGGAGGCCAUCUUUAUACCCAACUUAAAUGCUGCUCAAUUGGCGGCUCCCGCACAAACGAUACAUUUCAAUGGACAGCAAGCAUUUAUUACACCCAAUGGACAAAUUGUGCGUGCACCGACUGCAGGUCCAACACCAACUGCAAUGCAUUUGCAGCCUGCAACACAAUUUAUCCACGGUUUGGGACAAGCAAUGCAGUUACCGCCAGGUGUUGGAGCGUCUGAACAAACACUAUUUACUAUACCUGGUACGAAUAUUCAAGUACCUGUUGUAAAUGCUACAGUACAGCAACCGCAACAACAGCAAAUUUUACAACAACAACAAGGUCAACCGCAAUCGUCAAACAAUUCGGGGGGUACAAAUCCUUCUAACAGUGGUAACUCAUGUUCUUCAACUCAACCACCGACCAGUACAACACAAGUACCCCCAAACACAGCUCAAGCUACAACUUUGCCGAGUACCAUUACAAUACCAGGUACAAACAUUCAAAUACCAACGUCCGUAGCAGCAUCAAAUGGUUUGCUAGGAAAUCUUAGUAACCUAUUGGGUAAUGGCACAAUAAAAUUGGAAAACGGCCAGACUCUCCAAAAUGUGCAAAUAAGACCUGCAGGAACAGCUCCCAAUGCGAAUUCUACAGCGACUGCAAUGCCACAAUUCAUACAGUUUCCCCAUACGCUGCAGCAACAAGCUGCCCCAGCUCUGCAACAGACUGUUGCCGUUCAAGUUCCAAUUCAAACUGGUGGAGGCCAGACAAUAUAUCAGACAGUACAUGUGCCCGUGCAUCAACUUAACGCAGCCGGUCUGCCUAAUCUGAUGCCGGCACAAGCUCUGCCAAUGUCGGCUGGGUUGCCUCCCACCCAAAUGCAAAUUAUACCACAAUUCGCACAAAUUGCGCAAAUAGUUACGCCUAAUGGCCAAAUACAACAGGUUCAGCUGGCGCCAUUGAAUGCGAUGUCAUAUCCACAGCUGCCGCCGAAUGCAAAUAUCAUACACAUUCAACAUCCUCAGCAACCUCCUACGUCGAACAAUCAGCAGCAGCAAGCAGCCGCUGCUGCUGCAGCUGCUCAAGCUGCAGUCACUGCACAGCAUCAGCAGCAACAACAGGUCGCUCAACAACAGCAGCAGCAUCAACAUCAGCAACAACAACAACAACAGAUAUUGAACGCACUGAAUGCGGCAUCCGAAUCUGGUAUUCAGCUGCCAACGAAUCAGUCCAUAACAAUUACCAAUGCACAAGGUCAGCAGCUAACGGUGAUUCCCGCACAGCAACUACAACAACUUCGAACUGCAUCGGCUCCAUCUGCGCCAGGCAAUACCCCCAACCUUAUACAGCUUCAACAAUUUCCUGGUCUUCAGGCUUUGCCGAUCCAAAAUAUCCCAGGAAUAGGACAGGUCCAAAUAAUUCAGGCGAAUCAUCUGCCACCUCAACUUCAAGGGAGCUUUCAACAUGUAAUUUUGCCACAACAGCUUCAGCAGCAGCAUCAACUACAGCAGCAGCAGCAGCAGCAACAGGUGCAAUUGCAAUCUAAUCCCGGCGCGGCGCUUAAUCCUGCACAAACAUCUCUUCCUCAAACAGGCACAACUACGUCUACGACAACCGCAAACCUGGUGCAGCCGAAACAAGAACCCCAAAGUCCAUCCCAAACACAACACACGCUUAUCACAAACAUAAAGCAGGAGCCCCCAGAUCCCAGCCAAACUCCACAACAAAUUAAAUGGAUUGUGCCGCAGAAUAUGACUGUUAAUCUACAGCAACUGCAAUCACAGCAGCAAGCCGAUCAAUCACAGCAACAAUCUUCCAACGAGAAUGCUGCAAUACCUUCUUCAUUGCCCACAUCAAUACAAAUCACCGCCGUCCCCCAGACCCAUAGCUUCACUAUCACACCUGCCAAUCAAGCGCGUACUACCAUGCUGAAGUCUCAGCCGGCAACUAUGACAACACAAAAUAAUCCAGCCAUCCCGCCAAAUACAACCGUAACUUCCAGUGGCGGUGGUACACAGAUCACAAUAGCAACGGCACCAGCGACGCUAACUCAACAAAUCCAGCAGCAGCAAUCACAAAUUCAGGCAAUGCAAUCCCAACUAAAUUCAGCAAAUACAUCAACAACAGCGGUACCAACGACAGCAACCACAUCUGUAAAUGUGAAUAUUAACGUCAAUGAUGUUAGCGCCGGUAAUGGCAGCGGUGCUGCCAACAGCAAUAUUGAUAGUAUCAACCCCAAUACAAAUGUUAAUUGGGCAGGCGUCCUGGAAAUAAAACCACGUCUAAAACGCGUGGCUUGCACCUGCCCAAAUUGCACAGAAGGGGAGAAGCAUGCUGAUCGAAAGCGGCAACAUAUCUGUCACAUACCGGGCUGCAAUAAAGUGUACGGCAAAACUUCGCAUCUGCGCGCUCAUUUACGUUGGCAUACAGGCGAGCGGCCGUUUGUCUGCUCUUGGUUAUUCUGUGGAAAACGAUUCACACGCUCCGAUGAGUUACAGCGCCACAGACGUACUCAUACUGGAGAGAAGCGUUUUCAAUGUAGAGAAUGUAAUAAAAAAUUCAUGCGCAGCGAUCACCUCUCCAAGCAUAUAAAGACGCACUUCAAGAUGCGUUCAUCCCUUGAAGUAAUGGAACUGGAUAUAAAAUCGGAGGAUAAAGGAAAUGUUCAGCGGACAGUGGAUAAUGCAAAUAGCAUCCAGGAUGGCAGUGCCACGUCACACAUGUCAAAAACUAUAACGACAGCAAAUGGAAUUUUGACAAUUGAACUACCAAACUCUGCCGUUUCAGGCGUAGCUGCCACUCUAGCGAGCUCAUCUAUUAACAGCAAUGUUGGUAUAAAUGGGCAGAACGCUAUAAUGCAAAUGUCAGGUGCAAGCGAUUUGUUAACGCAAUCGGCCGAUGAUGACGAUGAGGACUGUACCAGCGAUAGCUAUGGAGAUGAAGAGCUUGAUGAUGACGACCUUGACGAAGAUAAUGAUAGUAGCGGUGAUGAGGAGAAGAUGACAAUUACUGUUAGUGAAGUGGGUGAAAAUUCUAACUAACAUACGGAAGCACUGUUCAUGGAACAGUUCGGAUUUAAUCAAUUCUAAUUACGGUUUCCAUAUUGAUGUAAAUAGCGUAAAGAUAUUGCGGCGCAGUGCCGAAGAGAAAUUUUUAUUUGUGUAUUGUAGUUUAUUUAUAGUUUAUAAUUAUGAUAUCGCACAUUUUAAUAAUAUAGAUGAUUAAUUCAAAAUUUAUGUUUUUGUAGAUUACAUCAUACAAUUAAGAAGCUUAUUAAGGAGAAUAUGUUCAGUAUAACAGAUAACCUAAACUCGCCAAAAAUUGCGAAGUUAUGGGUCAUUUU